UUAUAAUACUCCAUCAUUUGCAAUAUGGCGGAUUAUCACCAAAGGGGGGAAAACGGCUUGUGUAUUCAUCUGGAAUGAUAAAAUCCUUAAUAUUUCUUUCAUCUUAUCAUCUCGGAACUCUAGGAAUGGGGUAUCUCAUGUACUCUUGAUAAAUCGAACCCUUCCAUCCCGGUGUUUCUCCUGCAAUAGACAACUACUAAUCUUCCCUACCAAAGUGACAUUGUGUUAAGAUUUUAUGUUUGUGUUUUCCUUUUUACCGGUGUUUGAAAAGAAUGUAGUUAUAUGUUACUUUGACAAGAAAUAACUUUAGAUUGCACUAGUUUCUUUGGAGAUGUAUCUGAUUAUAAAUUUCAGGUCACAUUUAUUUGAGAUGAUGCACUUUCGCGCAAGUCUAUCUUUUCUGACGCCCCUGGAUUCUUGAUUGGUCCUUGGAAGGGUCACCAUGGGUAGCAGUUGCUCUUCAGCUCAAAAGAAAAAAGAUAAAGAACGUCAGAAUUCGCAUGGGGGGCAAUGUCCUAUUGGAGGACGGCGUCGUUCUACCGAGAGUUUACCGUAUGGUAAAGGCUCUCCUCCAUCAUCACGCCGCCCAUCAUUUGACCCUGCUUCUGCACAACCACCACUGCCAGAGCAAGCGGAAAGUCCAACGGAACCAGGAUCUGGCCACAAAAAACCUGUUGAUGCCACAAUCUCUUCAGUGAGUGCAGGCGGAUCAUCUUGUUCUCCACCCCCUGGGACGACUGGUACACCCAUAGUUAAGGAUGCACCAUCAUUUGAUGCUAUAGGCCUACCUGAUUUACAACGUUUCCCUGAUCACAUAAGAUCAUUAAUCCUUGGUCGAGUUGAUGAAAUUGAACUAUUUCCACCUCUUCAAGAAAUCACGCUUUAUGUUGCUGCAGACUUUUAUGAUUCUGUAGUUGAAAGAGAUGCUUUGAUUGAACGUGUUUUCUUAAACUUGAGGCGCUACUCUGCAGAAAAAGGAUAUGAAUUGAAUGUUAUUGAUCUGCACUGGGGAAUACCAGGUGUUGGGCUAGUAGAUCACAGCUUGCCUGAUUUAUGUAUGAGUUCUUUAGAAAAAUGGAGGACAAGAAGAAGACUUCUUACUUUAGUCAUAUUCAACGACAAUAUUGGAGCUACUCUUCUACCACGCACAGUACCAAAACCUCAUUUUGAAAGUGGAAUGGAAUCUGUUGAGUCUGAAGCAGAUAAAGAGCUUUUCAACAAAUGGUAUAAGUUAGACUCGGUCGCUUCUCCUAUGGUUUAUGUUCUUCAACCAGUUAUCAAAUAUUAUCCAGGUAUAUCUGGUGAAGAUCCGACUGAGAGAGGAAACUGCAUGAAGCAAUGGAAGGAAGAAGCAGAGAGAAUGAUUACUGUGUUUGGAAAUAUUUUACCUGAUGGACAACGGCAAAAAUGUCUUACUUCUGUUUUCCAAGAUGAGAUCAAGUUUAUUGUAAAUGAUGAUCCCCAAGAAGCCAAAAGAGUUCUCUGGACACAGCGUCGUUUCACUCACAAGCCGACUGUAUGUGCCGGAGACAAACCAUCUCCGAGUGCUAGGAAAAUUGAUCAGUCUAAAGUGCAACUUGAAGAUUAUUUGCCUGACACACAAAAAAUGGUCCUCUAUGUAAAGUGGCACGAGGAAGGCUUAGAUCCUCAAAAUUUUGAAGAAGAUGAGCAAUAUAUAUCUGAUUUCACUGAUGCAUUGAAGGAAGAGCUAAAGAAACUAAUUGAUGGUCUUUUAGAAGAGGACUUCCUUGAAGAAGCUCGUGAGAAAUAUAGAGGAAUUGAAAAACCAUUGUACUUGGAGCUAGUUCAACAGUAUCGAGCAUGUCGUGAAAUGAAUAAAAACUUCCAACAUAGGGAAUCCAGUUUAUUAAAAGUCAAGGACUACCUUGCUGGGGAAGAUAAUUUCCCACUAAUUGUACAAGGUCCAAGUGGCAGUGGUAAAACUAGUCUCAUGGCAAAGUUGACUGAGUAUGCUUCCAGUUGGUUUCCAUCGGCUUGUGUAAUAACUCGUUUAGUUGGCUUAACUGCUGAAUCUUCAACUCAGCAGCAAUUGUUGAGAAGUAUUUCGGAACAGUGCUGUGCUCUUUAUGGGGAACAUCCCGCUGUUGCUUCAUCUAAUGUCCAUGAUUGGGAUUUUGGACUGGGUAAACUGCUCUCUAAAGUCUCGGAAUUUCGUCCUCUAAUUGUUUUAAUUGAUGGUAUUGAUCAACUGGCUGAAUAUAGCUCUAAAGACCUUCAAUGGCUGCCCCGUGAACUCCCAGCUCAUGUAAAACUGAUCUUAACUGUUAGAGAUAACAGUGAGGAGCUUGAAAAAAUUAAGGAACUUAUGGAAAAUAGUGAUUGUUACUACAUCUUAAAUAACUUCACCAAGGAAGAAGCUAAGAACACAAUCAACAAGCUAUUAGAGAGCCGUAAAAAGAAGCUAAGUUCGUCGGAGCUAGAAACAAUAGCUGCAUAUCUCGAUGGUGACACUAGUGCUCGAUAUACCGAACUUCUUGGACUUAUGACAUUAAAGUGGACUGACAUGUUAGUGGAAAAAUCUGACAGCAUUCAGAAAAAUACUGAAGGAUUAAUUGUUCAGUAUUUGACUCAUGUAGAAUCUCAUUUAGGUAUAACGUUAUUAACUUUUGUUUUGGGACUUUUAAUUACAGCAAAACAUGGCAUUAGUGAAAGUGAAAUCCUUGAUAUUUUAUCUUGUCAAGAUAACCUGUUAGAUUUAGUAUUCUUAGGUGGUGAACCAAAAGUUCGACGAAUUCCUGCAGUUCUUUGGGCUUCUAUAAAGUACUUUUUACAACCUUUCUUAAGAACACAAGUGCUAGGUGGUCGAACUUUAACAAUGCUUUCCUGUGAAGCAUAUAGGACAGUUAUUAAAACGUAUCUUCUUAAUAAAGGGUUUACCAUUAAAAGUAGUGCCCAAAUUUUAGUUGAUUACUUUUUUGGUAAAUGGGCAGAAAGUAAAGCUAAACCUAUUGCUCCUAACUCAGACAAAGCACAAGACAGAUUUGUUCUAGAACAACCUUUAGCUUAUGGGACAAAUCCAAACAAAAGAAAAUUGGAAGAACUUCCACGUUUGGUUCUCUUGUUGAAUGACAAUAUAAGGGAUAACUUUUUAUUUGAUGCUACUUGGCUUUUGUACAAAUUUUGUGGAGCCGAUCCUUAUCAGCAGUUAGAAGAUCUUUGGUGUUAUCAAAAGACUUUGCCAGAGAGUGAUAAGCAGGUAGAAUUGUUAGAAAAUUUUGUGAAAUUAUCCAGCUAUGCACUUCGUAGCGACGGAUCUCAGUUUUUUGCACAAGUAUAUGGACGGCUAAAGAGAAUCUUUUCAAAUGCUGAUAUCUCUUCAGACUAUCCAUCUUUAAAAAGCAUUUUUGAAACAUCUUGUAAACCUCCCUUAUCAUCAUUGUUGCCAUUAGAUUUUUGCUUAGAAGAACCCAUCAUCUCAUCAUCAAGUAAUAAUUGUAAUUCAAAUAAUCAUGAUUCUUCACCAGAUUCAGAUUCCCCUAAGUCAAAAAGCUUCCCGUUUACAGGCCUAUAUACUAUCAAAGAGGAUAAAGCUCAUGUAGUGUCAAUAUCUAGUGAAAAAAAUGAAAUUGUUGUUUGGAACAUAUACGAACAAGCUGCAGUUAGGCGCAUAACUGGAAUAAAUGAACCAAAAGAUAUAAAAAUGAUUGAUAUAAAUAGAGCUUUGGUAUUGUGCAACAGAGAGUUGAAAGUGUAUCAUUUAGAUCAAGGUACAUUGGUGGUUAAACUGAAGGGUGUUAUGAAUCAAAAAAUGGCAUACUAUGGCUUGCACAAUGAAAACUAUGCCGUUGCUCUUUCUAGAAAUCGAAUGUAUGUGAAUAUGACAAAUUUGGAAACUGGAGACUUGGAAACAACUUUUAAAGUCGGUGAAGACAGGUUCUUGAACAGCCUGCUUGUGAGUGCAAAUGGUCGAAUAUGCGUAUGCGGAGAUGAAACUCAAAAACCAUUUCCUCUGCUUGUGUGGGAUCUAACAAGUAGAAAAUUAGUUUAUGAUCUCAGAAUACCACAUCAUGAAUUUGUUACUAGACUGUCAGCUAUCAGUGAUGAUGGGCACUAUGUUGUGUCUGUUUGCAGAGAAUUGCAUGAUACUUCACCUAAUUUCAUUAUCGUUUAUGAUUUACAAAGUGGUACAUUGUUCAAAAAAUGGAAACCGGAGAGUAGUAGUUGCAGCAUUGCGAUAUCAUCACAAGGUGGCUGUGUUGUCAAUGGCUUAGAAAACACUUGGGUUUUAGUCUGGGAUUUAUCAACUGGAGCAAGAAGAUUCACACUUAGAGGUCAUAGUGCUCCUGCUGAUCAAAUUCGAAUGGAAGAGCAGGGAAAGAAGUGUUUGACUUACGAUUCAAGAGGCUAUGACAGAAGCGUACGUGUGUGGGAUGUUACUAAAGGAGAAUGUCUAGCAGUGUUUACUCCUGAUAAAGAGUUUUCAUGCUGCGAGCUGUCUCUGGAUGGAAAAGCUGUUAUUAUGGGGCUAAAGGGGUUUGAUACCAUAACAACUCUCUUGCUGUGUCGUGAAAACACUGUAGAAGAAGAAAUGCCAAAGAGUGUGUGUUAUGGGGAUCCAGAACUAAAGCACAAAGAAUUUGACAUGAGUCAUGAUGGCCAAUGAACCCAGUGUUCUGUUAAUGAUGUGUGUCUCAUGUUCUGUGUCAUAAUAAAAAGGUUCAACCUUAGCAACAGGUUGCUGUCCAUGUUCUGGAAGCAUAGGUUCAGGGUCCAGAUGCUUCGAUCUGUUGGUCCUCUGGUGUGCAGGACUCGCUGCACCGCAUACUGAGGAAUGAACAAGACUCAAAGUAAUGAUUGCCAAUUUUUAGUAUGGCAGUUUCAAUCAUGUUUUAAAAAACCACAUAUGAAGCCAAGAAACAAUGUGUUCACCAGGGCCACUGUCAUGCAUGUAAUCAUUUUUGUUUUGUUAAAUAGAAACAAUGUAAAGUAAGUAUUUACUUUUGGCUUAGCUUUCUGUGAAUGUUGUUGGCAGAGGCAAUCAAAUGCUAACACAUUUUUAGUACUUGUAAUUUGAAAACUGAGGAUCAGCUUGCUACAGGCUGAGCGAAUCACAAAAAAUUUGAAUAUCAUAGUUGUCAAAAUAUGUUUCGUUUUGCUUUUUUGUAAAUAGUUUUCAAGUUUGAGUAACUCAGGUUUUUUUUUUUAAACUGUUAUUAUGAAAUUCGUGUACUUGUUUUAUCAUGGCGAAACAUUUGUUAGAAUGAUAUACAUUUUUGGAGUUGUACUUUUUUGUGAUUCAAAAUAAGGCUUUUUCUUUUGUACAAAUCCAUUGUAUAAUAAAUAGUUAUUAUAUACAUGUUUACUCAAACGUUUUAAAAUGGCGUUAAAUAAUUUACUAAUUUUAAAGCAAUGUUUAAUAAUAAGAAUUAUCAUCAAAUACAUUUGAUUUUUUUUCAAUAAUAAUUUAUUUUCAUUUGUUGAUGUUUAGCAAUAAGCCUGGAAUUUUGAAUAGAACUUUCUUUUAUACACAAAUUAUUACUAAUGUACAGCAAUAGUUGAAACCAUAACUUGCAAUAACAACUACAUUAUCUCUAUUUGCUAUAUAUUCUAUAAACUCAAUUUCAAUAA